AUGACAACAAUCCCAACAGGCCAUACAGGCCCCUUCUCCGAAUCCGACUCCUACGGCGAACCUACCCCCUCCACCUCCAGCCCUCAAGACCACAGCCACAACCACGAAGGCAUCCAAGACGCAAUCCAAUCACACACUCUCCUCCUCCCCACGGGCAAAACAGUCAUAAAGACUCGACAAGAUCCCGAAACCACCUCAUCCGCAACCCCAUCCACAGCUGCAUCUACGUCUACAACCCUAUCCACAUCUACGAAUUCCACUAAUACCAACGGAGAAACAGAAACCAGACCAAGGACCAGGGGUAGUGUAUCGAGUCAUCAGGAGUGGAGCGAGCAGGAUCGUGAGAAGGAGGCUUAUAGGCAGUUGUUGACGGUGGAGAGGGAGAGGGAUCGGGCUAGGGGGCGGGGGAGUGGGAGGAUGGGAACUAUGGAGUUUACGGAGGUUUUGCAGGGGAUUUAG